UCCAUCUCCAUCGAUCAAACGAAGCUUGGAUCUUGUGAGGACCGAGGGAUCGCCGGCAGAUCGAUAUGGACGUCUCCGACCGGUCGGUGCGGCUGACCAUCGAGGCGCAGCCGAGCGACACGCCGGGGUUCCUGGCGGGGACUCCGUUCGAGCCGCAGCUCUCGGACUCGCCCCCGCGCCCGAGCGUGGCGGGCGCCGCCGACGAUGGCAACAACAACAACGAGGCGUCGUGCAGCGCGCGGCGGGAGUGGACGGACGACAUGUCGGCCGGCGGCGUGGUGGCCGCGGUCGGGCCGGAGCGGCGGCUGACGCUGCUGGCGCUGCGGCUGGCCGUGCUAGAGAAGGCGGCUAGCGGGCUGGGCGCGCUCGGGUUCAUCUGGGCCACCGUCGUCCUCCUCGGCGGGUUCGCCAUCACGCUGGAGCGGGUGGACUUCUGGUCCGUCACGGCUAUCCUCCUCGUCGAGGGCGCCCGCAUCUUCAGCCGCAGCCACGAGCUGGAGUGGCAGCACCAGGCCACGUGGUCCCUAGCCGCCGCUGGCCGCUCCAGCGCUCGCCUCGUCGCGCGGUCCUUCCGCUUCGUCUUCCGCGCCGGCGGCUGCGGGAGCGCCAAUAAGGCGGCCAGAGGAGGAGCCGCGGCGUCCUGCGGCGGGCGGCGGCGGGGCGGGUGGGCGUGCACGUGGGCCUGGCCGUCGAGCUGGAGCUGGAGCUUCCUGUCGUGCCACGUCGGGCGGGUGUUCUACUGGCUGCAGCUGGCGUCGGCGACGGCGUGCGUCGCGCUGUCGGCGGUGCGGCUCGCCCGGCAGGACUUCGGGGACGCCGUGGACGCGCGGACGAACCGGCGGUCGGCGCUCGACAUCUUCUAUGGGCUGGCGCUCGCCGAGGCGUUGCUGUUCCUGGCGGAGAAGGCGGUGUGGGAGUGGGAGGUCAGCCACGGCCGCCUCCUGGAGCACGUCGCAGCCGAGUGCCGCCUCGCCGGCGCGACGGGGCUCGCCGCCGUCCGCCGCUUCUUCUACGACGCCUACUCGCGGUGUGUCGAGGGGAGCAUCUUCGACGGCCUCCGCAUGGACCUCGUCUCAUUCGCCGAGGAGCUCAUCGUCGGCGGGUCCCACGACGAGCAGCGCAUCGGCGUCGGCAUCCUCGUCAACGUCGCAGCGAGCCCGCAGCUGGGCGAGGACGCGCUGCGCCGGGUCGGCACUUCGGCCGCCGUCGUGGAGCGGCUCGUGGAGAUGCUCGGCUGGAACGGUGCCGACGAGCGCGGGGCCCGGGCGUCGGCCGCGCUCGUCGUGUCCAAGCUCGCCAGCAAGAAGCGGAACGCGCUCCGCGUCGCCGGGGUGCCCGGCGCCAUCGAGUCCGUGUCGUCGCUGCUCUACGCCGCCGACGAGGAGUGCAACCUCCUCGGCCUCCUCAUCAUCAAGAAGCUCGCGCGGGACCACGACAACUGCAGCAAGAUCGGCAAUGCGCGCGGCCUGCUCGACAAGAUCAUCGAUUUCUCCGCCAUCGGCGGCGGCGCGUCGUCGCCGCCGUCAUCCCCGGCCGCGGCGCUCCUCACCGCCUCGCGCGCCAAGGCCGUGCAGCGGUCGUUGCAGGUGAUCAAGAUGCUGGCCGAGACGACGGGAAGCACGGGGAUGCAGCUCCGCCGGGAGGUGGCCGAGAUCGUGUUCACGGUGAGCAACAUCCGUGCCGUGCUCCAGCACGCGCCCGCUGGGCUGCGGCGGCUCGGCGCCGAGGUGCUCACGCGCCUCGCCAUGGACGCGGACGCGCGUGAGCGGAUCGGCAGCACCGGCGGCGUCGUGGCCAUCCUCCUGGACAUGUUCCUCCGGCCCGGGUGCUCCGACGAGGCUGCCGCCGCCGACGCCGCGCGGGUUGAGGCCGGCAAGGUGCUCGCCAUGCUGGCCCUCGAGAGCCCGCGCAACUGCGAGCGCAUACUCAGGGCUGGAGGCGUUGACGGUGCCGUCGACCGCCUCGUGGACGCGCUCGGCGACGCCGCCAUCGGUGUGGGCGCGGGGAGGAUCCUUACCAACCUCUGCGCGUACGCCGGCGGCCGCGGCGAGUGGUUCCCGCAUCUCCGUCGCGCGACGCGCGGUGCGGGGGCGGCGCUCCGCGGCGUCGUGGAGGUGAACGAGUCGAAGCCGCUGGAGGUGUCGCUGGGCCUCGCGGCGCAGCUGGUGAGGCUGAUGGGCCCGCGCGAGCUGGGCCACCACCUGGCCGGCGCGGGCUUCAGCGAGGCCGGCCUGGUGGGCCGGCUGGUCGCCGUGCUGGCGGCGUACGCGUGCCCGUCGAUCAGGGCGCCGCGGAUCCGGCGGUUCGCGGUGGAGCUCGUGAUCGCGCUGCUGCGGACGGCACCGGCGCCGACGGCGACGGCAACGAUGGCGGAGCUAAUGGCCGCGGCGGGGAUGCGGGAGGAGCUUCGGCGCGUGGCGGAGACGACGUCUGAACUGGAGUGCUUCCAUGUGUUCUCCGGCAGCGCGGGGCUGAGCCGGCACGCCGUCGGACUCGCCGCGCUCGUCGACGCGGCGCUGGAGCUCAUGGCCGCCGCCGCCACCGCCGCCAAAGCGGAGCCUGCGCACGUGUGAGUGUGACUGAGCGAGAGCGCGUGACCGUGACAAGGGCGCGCGUGUUGCCGUUGUGUGCAGGCGAGAGAAGCCGAGAGAGGUGCUGAGUGUGUAGUGUACACGAUUCUUUGUACGUAAAUGUGUUGACACCGGUUUGACCAAAAUCAACUACUGUGGAUAAGGUUCUAGCAGUUGA